CAUUUGCCAAAGACACCACGGCUGGACAGCCCUGGCUGUUCCUGGCUGAGUCUUGAAGACUUUAUUGGAUUCUCAUCCUACUCCAUUAACUCCCACCUCCCAGCUCUGUUUAUGACACAAAUGGGAGAAAAAUGUGGAUGGAGAGAAAGAAACUGAGCCUCAGUUAAUGCAGCCGCAAAACUGGAAGUGAACUUGCGAAAACAUAGGACAUCAAAACACAAGGACAAAUCCUGAUGACUCUUUCUGGGACCUCCAGUGGAUGAACACAUCCCUCAAAAACCAUAGCAGUUUCAAGCUUGCUGAUAAUAAGAAAUUGCCUCUUUCAAAUUUGUAUCCAGUCAUGGAUAGUAACGAUGACCCCGAUGAAGACCAUCUUACAAGCUAUGAUAUUCAGCUCAGUAUUCAAGAAUCCAUUGAAGCCAGCAAGUCUGUAUUUUAUUCUGAAAGAUUUGUACCACUAAGUGAUCAAAACAGAAAACUUGUGGAAGCCAUAAAACAAGGUCACAUUCUUGAGCUCCAGGAAUAUGUGAAGUAUAAAUAUACAUUGGAUGAAGCUGAUGAAAAAGGAUGGUUUCCAUUGCAUGAAGCUGUGGUUCAACCCAUUCAACAAAUACUUGAAGUUGUUCUGGAUGCAUCCUACCAGACACUCUGGGAGUUCAAGACCUCUGAAGGAGAAACACCCCUGACUUUGGCAGUCAAAGCUGGUCUGGUGGAAAAUGUAAGAACUUUAUUAGAAAAGGGAGUGUGGCCAAACACCAAAAAUGACAAAGGAGAGAAGCCGCUUCUGAUUGCUGUAAAACAGGGCUCAUACGACAUGGUGUUUACUCUGCUUAAACACAACGCCAGCCUUGACCAACCCUGCAUCAAGCGAUGGUCGGCAAUGCAUGAAGCAGCCAAACAAGGCCGCAAAGAUAUCAUAGCGCUGCUACUAAACCACGGAGGCAAUGUCCAUCUGAGAGACGGAUUUGGAGUCACACCGUUAGGUGUUGCUGCUGAGUAUGGUCACUGUGAUGUGUUAGAACACUUAAUCCACAGAGGUGGUGAUGUGUUUGCUUUGGCGGAUGAUGGGGCAUCAGUGUUGUUUGAGGCAGCAGGAGGGGGCAAUCCUGACUGCAUUUCCCUCCUGCUGGAAUACGGAGGAAGUGGAAAUGUUCCUAACAGAGCAGGGCAUCUUCCCAUACACCGAGCUGCUUACGAGGGACAUUAUCUUGCGCUGAAGUAUCUUAUCCCAGUAACAUCCAAACAUGCAAUCCAGAAAAGUGGGCUAACACCAAUUCACUCAGCAGCAGACGGACAAAACGUACAGUGCCUAGAGCUGCUUAUUGAAAAUGGCUUUGAUGUCAAUACCCGGCUCGCUGACCACAUUUCCGAGAGCUAUGAUGACGAGCGGAAGACCGCACUCUAUUUUGCUGUUUCUAACAAUGAUAUCCAGUGCACGGAAGUCCUUCUGGCUGCAGGUGCAGACCCAAACCUAGAUCCCCUCAACUGUCUACUCGUGGCAGUGAGGGCCAAUAACCAUGAAAUUGUCCGGCUGCUUCUCUCCCAUGGAGCUAACGUCAAUUGUUAUUUCAUGCAUGUGAAUGACACACGUUUCCCCAGUGCCAUUCAAUAUGCCCUAAAUGAUGAGGUAAUGCUGAGGCUGUUGCUGAAUAAUGGCUACCAAGUGGAGAUGUGCUUUGACUGCAUGCAUGGGAACAUCUUUGGAAAUUCAUUUGUGUGGUCAGAGAUAGAAGAAGAGGUACUACCGGGGUGGACAUCUUGUGUAAUAAAAGAUAACCCGUUCUGUGAGUUCAUUACAGUUCCUUGGAUGAAACAUUUGGUAGGCAGCGUUAUUCGUGUAUUAAUUGAUUACAUGGAUUAUAUCCCUCUGUGUGCUAAGCUGAAGUCUGCACUAGAAGUACAGAGAGAAUGGCCAGAAAUCCGUCAAAUACUAGAGAAUCCUUGCUCAUUAAAGCAUUUGUGUCGGCUAAAAAUUCGAAGACUUAUGGGACUGCAGCGACUCUGCCAGCCAUCCUCACUGGAGAAGCUCCCUCUACCACCAACCAUUCGAAGAUAUCUAUUAUUUAAAGAGUAUGAUCUCUAUGGGCAAGAGCUAAAAUUGCCAUAAUUUUAAAAAUAAUAUUUUUAA